UCCAAAUGCAAUACGAGCGAUCGCGCUGACGUCACGGUUACGUCACGUGACGUCAUGGUAGGCAAAAAGCUGCUGGUGGGCGACGAGGGCGGGCUGAACCCUCCUCGCCCACCAGUUGCGCGCGGGAAACGCAAACAUGCCGACCAGUUGUUGUGCGCUGAAUUGUACUAACCGGAAGGAUAAAGGCAGUAGAAAGAAGUUUUUUAGAAUCCCUGCGGAACCAGGACGAAGGGCUGCAUGGCUUAGAGCCUUAAAAAGGUCAGAUUUUGAGCAGGGAAAGAAAAACCCGACCGCGGCGUGGACACCACGAGGCCACGAGAGAGUGUGCAGCGACCAUUUCAUCUCAGGGAACCCUUCUAAAGACCCUGCAGAUCCAGAUUACGUCCCAAGCUUGUUUAACCUCCCAACCUCAGCAAGUUGCAAUCGUUCAAGAAACCCAGUUGCCAAGAAAGAUCGGUAUAUGCGUGCAGCAAAAAGGCUGCGGGUGUCAUCAGAGAAUGAAGCCCCACCUACAUCACUAAAUGAUGAAGAAAUGAUCGCUGACCCUCCUCCUGAAAGUGUAGAGACUCUGAGAGACCCCCUUCCUGUCACACUUUGCAGAAAUAUGUAGACUCCUGGUAUUGUUUAAAUCCAAAUAAAGAUCAGAGCUACACUUGCUCUGGGAUUAUUAUGGUACAUGUUCCAAUAUACAGGGUAAUGUUGUCUCUUUGUGUGCCUUAAUUACCUACGAAAAAUGGCUUCCUGCAAGUGU